UUCAGAGGCACUCCAACAGAAUUAGUCGCUCGACUCAAACUUUUUUUUUUUGCCCUGCGAUCAUUGUUAAUUGAUUUUAUUCUACUCAGUCAGCAGCAUGGACUCGGCCUUCCAAGAGUUCAGGGCUCUGGCGGCCAAGGGUGAGCAGGGCCGCCGGGCACUCAUGGUGGCUCUGCACAACUUGGCUUACUCUUUGGAGACCCCGAAUGACACCAUUCAUAGAUACGGACACAUGAAUCUUCAGACUGCAGCCGUCAAGAUCGGCAUGGACCUGGGGAUCUUCAAGGCACUAGCCAGCUCCACUGGCUCGAUGACCGUGGAGGAUGUCUCAACAAAGGCGGGUGCAGACUUGGUUUUGACAAACCGUGUCCUGCGGUACCUUGCGGCAAUUGGAGCAGUCACUGAAGUUAGCAAAGGCUCUUUUGUGGCGAAUCACACAACCAAGAACCUCACCGAAAAGCUUACUGAGGCUGGAAUAUCUCAUUAUUUCGGUACCGCUGCGCCUAUGUAUCAAGCUCUGCCUCGGUUCCUGCAAAGAACUGGCUACAAGGACCCCAGUGAUGAGCUUGACACGGCAUUUCAAGAUGCAUGGAAAACUUCUUUGCCUGUUUUUGCGUGGUUUGCCGACCAACCUGAACAGUUGGCCUGUUUCAACGACUACAUGGCCCUUCGCCGGGAGCCGGAGGUUUCCUGGCUUAGUGUCUAUCCGGUUAUGGAGAAAGCAAAGGACUGGGAUCCCAGCAAAGCAGUAUUUGUCAAUGUUGGUGGUGGCGUUGGUCAUCAGUGUGCCCAGUUCAAGGAGAAAUGCCCUGUCCCAGGCCGAGUGAUCCUUCAAGAUCUCCCGCACUCGAUCGCGAAUGCCCUGCCAACCCCCGGCGUGGAGAAUAUGGUGUACGAUUUCUUUGAGCCUCAGCCGAUUCAAGGUGCUAAGUUCUAUCACAUGAGAGGUGUGCUUCACAACCAUCCACCACACAAAGUCCGCAAACUGCUGGAAAACACAAAGUUGGCUAUGACUAUAGACUCAGUUCUGCUUGUGGAUGAGAUGAUCUUUCCCGAAACAGGCGUCAACUUCGAUGCCGCCUCAAUCGACAUGACCAUGCUAACUGCUUUUGCCAGCAUGGAGCGGACCGAGGCGCAGUGGAGAGAGACUUUCAGGAGUGUCGGCCUGGAGUUAUUCAGGACGUAUACUUACAAUCCCGUGAGUUAUGAGAGUGUCAUGGAUGUCCGACUCCAACGGCAGUUGUGACCGAUCUCCGCACAUGCACAUGACAGCCAUGUACAUAUGUACUUAAGUAGUUAUGGCGCGAGCUCACGCUCUUGGAGAACACCAAACUUAGCGGGUCGUCUUCUAAUGAAGACGUUGUGAGCGUAGACAGCUUCAAUAUAGACUCUUCCCACUCUG